ACGAUGAUUUUGUCAGUUUGCGUAGCGGGGAGCACUCGGGGCAGCACUGGUUGGAUUGCCGCACCAGUUUUCAGUGCAAUUUCACAGUGAGCAGAAGUCAAAGUGGCUGGGACAUUUCGCAGUUCUGACAAAGGACAGAUGAAACGUGUGUAGAAGUGAAAAGAUAGAACUGCUCGAUGUAUGCAAACAUGGAUUGCAAAGUAGCAAAGUGGCACAAAUAGUGACAUUAAUCAACAAUAUCUGGACACAAGUCAUACGAUAGAGUACUGAGUGAAGAGGAGGAAGUGCGCGGCGUUCUCUCCUGUCUCACUGACCCACACCACGAGGACACGGAAUGGCAUCGUCGGCUCUGUCAACAGUCGCGGGUCCAGCGGCCGCCGCUGUGGCCGUCGCGGUGCCGCCAGACAGCCAGAAGCAACAGCAGAAGGAUCAAAGUCCCAGGAACACGGCUUCCCUGUCGGCGUCGCCGACUGUGAGCGGCAAUGCUACAACGUACGUUCAAUUGGGCUCCAUUGAAGUGUCCAAAGCACUGCAGGAAGGCGAAAAGUUCAUCAAGUGGGAUGAGGAUUCCGGGUCUGGCACUCCGGUCACAUUGCGGGUGGAUGCAAAAGGAUUUUAUUUGUAUUGGGUGGAUCAGAACAAUGAAAUGGAUCUCCUCGAUAUCGCGACUAUAAGAGAUGUGAGGACAGCACAAUAUGCCAAAAAACCGAGGGACACGAAGUUGCGCCAAAUCGUCACGAUGGGGUCGCAGGACACGCUGGAGGAGAAGACGGUGUCUGUUUGCUAUGGCGUGGAUUUUGUGAACGUGACAUUUAUCAACUUCUGUUGCACACGAAAAGACAUUGCACAGCACUGGUCAGAGGAAUUGGUGCGAUUGUCCUUCAAUAUGACUCAACUGAAUGGAUCGGCUGUCAUGUACUUGCAGAAAGCUCACACCAAACUCUGUCUCCUCGUGGACAAAACUGGCAAGAUUCCUGUGAAAAACAUCGUGAAGAUGUUCGCUGUGAAUAAAGAUGACAGGCGGCGUGUGGAGAAAGCCAUGGAUAUAUCUGGAUUCCCUUCUGGCAAGGGUGAAUCUCUUCUGCCCAAUAAAUUUCAAUUUGAAGACUUUUUCAAUCUCUACAAAAAUCUGACGCAGCGCUCAGAAUUGGAGAAGAUUUUCGAAGAGCUCAGCAGUUCUGGCACGACGAAGAGGCGACUGAUGUCCACUACACAGUUGGUUGACUUUCUCAAUAAAACUCAGCGUGAUCCACGCCUCAAUGAGAUUCUCCAUCCGUAUGCAAAUCCCGCGAGAGCUAAAGACUUAAUAGCCGAAUAUGAGCCAAAUAAAUUCAACGCCCAGAAGGGCCUUCUGAGUUUCGAUGGAUUCCUGAGGUAUUUAAUGUCUGAGGAUAAUCCAAUAAUGGCACCCACUAAAUUGGACAUUUGCGAUGAUAUGGAUCAACCAAUGUCGCAUUAUUUUAUCAAUUCCUCCCACAACACCUAUCUCACCGGUCAUCAGUUGACUGGGAAGAGUUCCGUUGAGAUUUAUCGACAGUGCUUGCUGGCUGGCUGCAGGUGUGUGGAGUUGGACUUCUGGAAUGGCAAACUCGAGGAGCCUGUUAUUGUUCAUGGGUAUACGUUUGUUCCUGAAAUAACGGCGAAGGAUGUGCUGGAAGCAAUAGCUGAGAGUGCAUUUAAAACUUCAGACUAUCCUGUGAUAUUAAGUUUCGAAAAUCAUUGCAAUACUAAGCAACAAGCCAAAAUAGCGAAUUACUGUCGGGACAUCUUUGGUGAUAUGUUGCUGGACAAGUGUCUGGAUUCUCAUCCGCUGGAGCCAAAUGUAGAACUCCCGCCGCCGGCCAUGCUGCGGCGUAAGAUAAUCAUAAAGAACAAGAAGAAGCACCACCACCAUCACCAUCACUACAAGAAGACGGCGGCGGCUGUGGCGGCUGCUGCGGCGGGAGCUGCAGCGAAUUCCGGUGCCACGAACCAGAACAGCGGCCCACAGAGCGGUGCAACAGGCGGCAUCGGGAGUGAUGAGAUGCUUCAGGCGGUGCCGACAACUUCAACUGUACCCACCGGAAAUGGAGAUUUACCCCAUCAUGCACCCCCUCUUCAGCAAAUACGCCAGAGCUCGAAGGAGAGCACAGGAUCGUCGGACACGGACAGCUCCAGUGAUGACGAAUCCAUGCCAGGAUCAACGGCGAAUGCCGCCGGCGGUGCAGAGCAGAGAGACAAAGUACAACAAGCUAAAGAGACUGAAGCUGGCGCUGAGAUAUCGGCGCUCGUUAAUUAUGUUCAACCGGUGCACUUCAGCAGUUUCGAGAAUUCAGAAAAGAAGAAUCGCUACUAUGAGAUGUCGUCGUUCGAUGAGAAGCAGGCGACGACUUUGCUGAAGGAGCGCCCGAUAGAGUUUGUCAACUACAACAAGCACCAAUUGUCCAGGGUUUAUCCGGCGGGGACGCGCUUCGACAGCUCCAACUUCAUGCCACAACUGUUCUGGAACGCCGGCUGCCAGCUGGUGGCGCUCAACUACCAGACCCUCGAUCUCGCAAUGCAGCUCAAUCUGGGCAUCUUUGAGUACAACCACCGCUGCGGAUACCUGUUGAAGCCUGAGUUUAUGCGCAGAACAGACAGGCGUCUCGAUCCCUUCGCCGAGAGUACAGUGGAUGGUAUCAUUGCUGGCACGGUAUCGAUAACGGUGCUGUCUGGUCAGUUCCUCAGCGACAAGAAGGUGGGAACGUACGUCGAGGUGGAUAUGUAUGGCCUGCCGGCGGACACCGUGAGGAAAAAGUUUCGCACAAAAAUAGUCCGAGACAAUGGAAUUAAUCCUGUCUACGAUGAGGAGCCAUUUGUCUUCAAAAAGGUCGUUCUUCCUGAAUUGGCGUGCGUUCGCAUCACGGCGUACGAAGAGGGCGGCAAGUUUAUUGGUCAUCGUGUUCUUCCUGUCAUUGGACUCUGUCCAGGAUAUCGACAUCUCUCUCUUCGGACGGAAUUGGGUCAACCACUCACCCUGGCCUCGCUUUUCCUCUGCAUUGUUGUGAAGGAUUAUGUACCAGAUGGAUUAUCGGACUUUGCUGAGGCUCUCGCUAAUCCAAUUAAGUAUCAGAGUGAAUUGGAGAAACGCGCUGAACAGUUGGCAGUUCUGACGGAAGAUAUGGAGCCCACAGCUGAAGAUGAUGUUCCAAAUAGCUGUCCAAAGAAGGAGCUGAAGGUGCUCGAAGGAGUGUCUGGUAGUCCCAAGCAUCGCAUCAGUAUCGCUCCGUCGGCGUCGCUGAGUGUGGAAAUCCUGGCUGAUGGGGAUUCUGAUGUGUCCUUCAAUGCCUCCGUGGCGAGCGGGAGUGUGCAGAUGACGAGUGGAACGGCAGCGUCAAGCACGACGGUGUCCUCGACUGUUGUUCAGCAGGCGUCAGUGGAUCAGUCGGUGUCGAGCUCCAGCAAGUCCGCUGAGGCGACUGAAGCGGAUGCCAUUGUGGCUGAGCCACUGGUGAAGAUCCUGGAGCACAAGUUGAUACGCGAGAAGAGAUGUGAGAUGGAGAAGAAGCUGGAGAGUUUGCGGAAGAAGCACGACAAGGAGAAAGUGCGAGUGUCGGCGCAGAAGAACAGCGAACAGAGUGACAAAAAGUCCAAGUUCUACAUGAGCAAUAAACUUGUGAAGCGUCUGAGCAGCAAAAAUAUAAGUGAUACGAAUCUGCAAGUUCCUCCGUGUCCCAGUGAUAUUGUGGACUCGCCGGAUGGGGAGAGUGAGGAGCGGGCGGGCAUCACAAGGAGCCACUCUGAGAGAUUGCUGGCCGUCUGCCGAGAAUAUGCCACUGCCUACAGGGAGAUUCAGGAGAAGUACCAUGAGAUAAUCUACAACACGGCAGAGAAAGUUCUGAGGAAUUCGCAAGCGAAUCAAAUGAAACGUCUGAGAACGCUGCUGGAGAAGGAGACGAGCGAAGUGAUGCGGAAGCUGCAGAUGGACAGGCGGAAUGAGGUGAAAGCCCUGGCGUUGGUGCAUCGUGACCGCGAUGAGUUGGUGCGGAUGAAGCGCGAGGUGGCGUCGUCGCUGGUGGGCCGUGGCGUCACGGAGAGGGUGCGCCUGACCCAGGCCUUUGAGAAGCGUCGCGAUGAGCUUCAGCGUCAGCACGAUGCCGUGAGGAGUGCUCUGGCUGAGCACAGAGCGAAGGGGCGCGCUUUGCUGGAGAAGGAGUCAGAAUCUCGUUCUUGCAUCUCAUCGGAUGGAUUUUUGGUGUUGUUCAAUGCUUCCGGUGCGGAGAACAGUCAGACAUCUUCCAGUGUUAAUAACAGUGCAGGAAUGCACAUUGAAUCUCUCUAAGGAAGGAAUCUUCAGAGCAUCCAAGCGCGAAUUUGUGAAGGAGAGAAAAAAAAACAUGAAAAACAGUAUUUAAUGGCCUAACACACAACUCUUAGAUGAAAUUUAGUGGCGAAACUGAAAGAUGAAACUUGAGAAUUAAUUAAAGAAUAUAUAACUUAAUAAUAUCUGUGGUUAGACACUUUUCCCAUUUUGUAGAUAAUAACCAGAGUAUAUAAACUGAUAAUAUAUUUCUAAAGAUAAGAAUAGUGAAGAAGAGCAACUAAAUAGUCAUAAAAUUAGUGGCUUCAAUGGAGAAUACUUUAGUCGUAUGGAUUUUUGUGAGGGAGGAAUUUAGCAGAUUGUAAUCUGUUUUAUUUUUUUUGAUUUUUUUUUCUAUGAAAAGACGCGGUGUUUUACGACCCAUCCCGCUUAUGAAUCCCGAAAGAAAGUGAAAUGUCCUAUACUCACUUUAAGAACGAAAUUGAUAUUAAUGUUAAUAAUGAGAUAUAUAAUCUAUUUUUUAUUGAUCUCACGAAUUUUUACUUUAUUUAUCGUCCAUUUUAGAGAGAAUUUUUGUAACUCUGUUGAAAGCUACACCUUUUCUGAAUCAUUCUUUGUGCCAAUAAACCAAUUUGGGAAGGAAUAAGAAACUCCACCUCUGCAACAAUUUAGAGACCUACUUUAUAGCGCUACAAGCGAGAGAGAGAGAGAGAGAGAGAGAGAGAGAGAGAGAAAGAGAGAAGCAUGUUUAGGACAGGCAAAAUACCAUUACUUAGAAAAUAGUUAAGUAAGUAAUUGAUAAUGGAAAUUGAAAAUGAUGAAAAAGCAAAGCACUUUUUGAAUUGAAUGUAAAAAGAACCUCUUUAGAAAUAGUGUGAUGAUAUAUUGUAGUGGAACUAUGCAUAUAUAUUUCAAUAUGACUUCUACGAAAGGAAUUGCUGUAAAGACGCGUUUUCAGAGAAACAUUUUUCAACAGUUAAACUGAUUGUGUGGUACAAAAGAAAACACAGUAAAUGUGCCAUAACAAACUUCCUCUGUCUUCUCCAAAGCCAAAAGAUAAAAUCAAUCGUACACAAAUAUAUAUAAGGACUUGUUUUUCAUCGACAAAACCCAGAUUUUACCGUUUCCUCGUUGCAAUAUUUCAUGUAAUCUUCAGGAAUCAGAAAAUAAUCAGUCACACAAACAAUGGUAGAAAAUAUGAUAUAAAGGAAAAGUAGAUGAACUUAAUUAAAUUCUAUCGACAAUCAGUAACUAUACUAAAUAGACGAGAGAAAGAGAGGGAGAGAGAGAGAGGGAAAGGGAAAAAAGGAGGAAUUACCAUAAAAACGGUGUCUAAAAUAUACUUAGAGGACAAAGAUAUUAUAAUUGUGGUAAUUUCCACUGAAGAGUGGGAAGUCUUAGCAAUUUGUAAAUAUAUGAAAAUCUUGAGAAAAGACCCACGGUCGAUAAAUUAACAAGAGAAAAAGUCCAGUCGCUGAGGUGUGAAAAUCUCCAGCCUCAAGGAAGUACAUUUUGAUGCAAAAUUUAGCGCAUGAAGCAAAACAAGAGAGAAUCAUUUCAUCAAGUUUUGGACGGAAAACCACCUUAGAUGUUUUACAAUAUAAUUAAUGGAAGGAAUAUAGUGAAAAAACACACACACACACACACACACAUUUAGGUAAAAGAAAAUAAUCCGUAUUGUAUUGCAAUCCUUUUUCGAAUUGAUCGCCAGACAAGCAAAUUGUGAGGAUAUAAUGUAAUUUAGAGUUACAAUGAUUGGAAAGAUUAUGUGAAAAAAGAUUCCAUAAUGUGUAAAUAAUAAGUUUUAGACUUUAGUGUUCAUAAUAGCGAUUUCUGCGAUAUUUAGAGAAAUGAAGGAUAUAAUUUGUUGCACUGAUUUGUUUUUUUCUUUAUUGCAACAUAAACAUUGGAACCGUUUUACUUUGGCGGGACAUUUUGUGAGCAAACGACUGGGCGGAGCAUAGAAGUGGGCGUGUCUCAAUGCUGAAGCCCGCUAAAGUAAUACAGUGUCUAUUUUACUAUACUGAAGUGAGCUCUAAGCACAAAUUUCAUUAUACAUUUCGACAAUAUUUACAUGAGCCCCUUUAUUUUCACCAUCAGUAUUACAUGUUGCUUCCAUACAAUUUGAUUUUAAUUACUCGCAAACUCGAAGACAGCUUUUCCUUUGAAAUUCAAUUCCCUCUGAGCCAAUAAAUUGUUAAUUGAAUAAUAAAUUGGAAGGAGUGUGGAGAAAUUACAGGGUUCGCACUCGCUUUCCUGAGAGUA